AUGGGAAAGAAAUCGAAGUCCCAGUCGGAAAAUGCUCCGCAGACCGAAAAGGCAGAAAUGUCUAUUCCCUUCCUAGCUGGAAAUGCCUCAGUUGACCCAACGUUGGCGUCCUUGUUUGAGACGAGCUCGGGCCCAGUAAAAGCGCCGUCAUUGCCCACAACUGGCAGCGCUGUUGAAAAACCCACCGCAGGUGACGAUACCAGUGAUGACGUGUCGGGGCCUGAAGAUGAAGAUCAGGUUAUGCAGGAAGCUUCCGAAGCCUUGACUGGUGGUGAGCCAGCUCAGGUGGCUUCGGAGCCUCCCAGUCGGAAACGAAAGAGGGUUGCGGGAGAAGAUCUCGAAGAAUCUUACAUGCGUCGCAUAGCAAAGGAAGAACAGAAGGAAGAACAGAAGCGCCGUGCGGAAAAAACAAAGAGGCAAAAAUCCGAGGGUGAGGAAGAGGAUGAAGCAACAUCUACCGAGAAAACCGACGACGAGGAUGAGGAUAAAAGUUCCGAUGAAGAUGCAGAGAUCGCGAUUCCCAAACACGAAACUCUGACCGGCAACGCUCAGUCAUCUAAUAUUGACCAGUCUAAUCGCACGGUGUUCCUAAGCAAUGUCUCCAAUGACGCCAUCAAGUUCAAGUCUGCUAAGAAAACCCUUUUGAAACAUUUUGAAUCGUUCCUUUCUACACUCCCUGAAUCUACGGGCCCUCACAAAGUGGAGUCGAUACGUUUCCGUUCCACGGCCUUCGCGAGCGGCGGAAAGAUCCCGAAGCGUGCUGCCUUUGCAAAGCGCGAGGUUCUGGAUGAAACCACUCCCAGUACCAACGCGUAUAUCGUUUAUAGUACUGUCCAGGCCGCUCGGAAGGCUCCUGCCGCCCUGAACGGGACUGUCGUCCUGGAUAGACACGUGCGUGUUGAUAGCGUCGCACAUCCCGCCCCGGUCGAUAAUAAACGGUGCGUUUUCGUCGGCAAUCUCAACUUCGUGGACCAGGAAGGCAACGCCGAUGAUGAGGAAAAGCCGAAGAAGAAGAAGGCACCGGCCGAUGUUGAAGAAGGACUUUGGCGGACCUUUAAUGCUCACACCAGCAAACCCAAAGAUCAGACUACCCGCCAAGGCAAUGUCGAAUCGGUUCGGGUCGUUCGCGACAGUGUCACCCGUGUUUCGAAGGGGUUUGCCUAUGUCCAAUUUUACGACCCGAAUUGUGUGGAGGAGGCCCUUCUGCUGGAUGGAAAGCAGUUUCCGCCCAUGCUCCCCCGGAAGCUACGUGUCAUGCGAGCUAAGAAACAGCCGAAGAAACGUGAAGCCGGUGGCAGCACUCAAGGCAAACCGCUGCGGGAGGCGGAUAAGACGCUUCAAGGUCGUGCUGGCAAGCUUUUCGGCAGAGCGGGUGCGGCCAAGGUCAGGGCAGAUGCUACGAAAUCCAUCUCCAACAACUCAUUAGUGUUCGAAGGCCACCGAGCGACGGAUAAUGGGUCAUCGCGCAUCCGCGUGAAGACGAAGAGUCGUGGCAGCAAAGGCAAGCCGAAAAACCGCAGCAGCAAACGAGCGGCGGCGUACAAGGCAGCGGGAGGGAAGAAGAGGAAGACCGAAUAG